AUGCCUUGCCCAUUGAAACUGAUUGUGAAACUGAUCGUGGGCAUCGUGGGCAUCGUGGGCAUCGUAGACGAACCCCCAAAAAUCAAAGGUCUAGUAGACUCCGCAACGUCUGGCAGGGGAGGCUCUCGAAGCCGACACCCAACGGUUAUGAGUGCCAGCGGACAGGCCGAGCUCCCUGCUACUUGCAGAGGCCGAGUAUUCGCAAGGCGUGGAUUUGAUUCACACGGCCUAGAACGACUAUCUCUGUCCACGAUUGUAUUUGACCAAUAUUUCCUCCUCCCCAGGACUAGCCUAUUUGCAGGUGCAGUUGGAUGGAGAUGA